AAGUGGAUGAUGUUAUGACGUGGCUUCCAUUACUUGAAAGUGGAAACUGGUAACCCUCUUGUAAAAAGUGCUGCACACUCUCUCUGCUGUACAAUCUCUCCAUGUUCCCAUAUUUGCAGUUCCCCUCGCCGCACAGCUACUCUCUCCAUCGCUAAACUCGUCCUCGACUUCCAUCUCCGCCAUCCUCUCUGGCAGCCUUAGCUCUCCGAUUUCCGUCAUGGACACGCAGACUGAGGAAGCUGUCCGCCGAGCGGCACUCUCCGCCAUCACAAUCCAAACGGCCUUCCGUUAUGCCACCAUGCGCUCCAAGCGCUCCGAAAAGAUCUAUGAUGUGUUUUUGAGUUUUAGAGGAGAAGACAGUCGCGCAAAGUUCAUUUCACAUCUCUAUGCCGCCCUCCAAAAUGCUGGGGUUUAUGUUUUCAGAGACAAUGAUGAGAUUGAACGGGGAGAUGGGAUCUCAUCCUCACUAUUGCGAGCUAUCAGCAAAUCUAGAAUUUGUAUAGUGGUUUUGUCAAAACAUUAUGCUAAUUCAAAGUGGUGUAUGCGAGAGUUGGUUGCAAUAAUGGAACAACGCAUAACCACAGGCCUGGUGGUUGUUCCGGUGUUCUAUGAGGUAGAUCCCUCAGAUGUGCGUCAUCAGACAGGUGAGUUUGGAAAAGCUUUUGAAGAUCUUAUGACAAAGACAUCACUAUCACUGCAUCAAGUCAUAAUGAACAAUUGGAGGACAGCACUCCUUGAAGUUGGUGGCAUAGCAGGUAUCGUCAUCAUAAAUUCCAGAAAUGAAAGUGAGGAUAUCACGAAAGUAGUUGAAGAUGUUGCCGAUUUGCUAGGCAAGACAGACUUAUUUGUUGCUGAGCAUCCAGUGGGGGUAGAAGCUCGCAUUCAAGAUGUAAUUCGACUAUUGAAAAGCCAACAAUCCAAAGAUCCUCUACUACUUGGGAUAUGGGGGAUGGGAGGGUUGGGUAAAACAACCAUUGCCAAAGCCGUGUAUAAUCAAAUUCGUCGUGAUUUUGAGGCUAAGAGCUUCCUCCUAAAUGUUAGGGAAGUUUGCGAACAAAAUAAUGGCAUAGUUACUUUACAACUGAAACUUCUUUCUGAUAUCUACAAAACCACCAAGACAAAGAUAGAUAAUGUUGAAUCAGGAAAAGUUGAAUUGAAGAGAAGACUUAGCCAAAAGAAAGUAUUUCUUGUGCUGGACGAUGUCAAUAAAUUGGACCAACUGAGGGCUUUGUGUGGAAGUUGUGAAUGGUUUGGCCAAGGAAGUAGAAUUAUCAUCACAACAAGAGAUGUAAAUAUAGUUCAAAAGGAGUUUGGAGUUGAAGUUGUAUAUAGAAUAAAAGAGAUGGACAACAAGGAAUCUCUUGAGCUUUUUAGUUGGCAUGCAUUUAAGCAACCAAGUCCUGAAGAUGGUUUCGCUGAUCUUUCUAGCGAUGUAGUUAAAUACUGCGGUGGGUUGCCGCUAGCUCUUCAAGUAAUUGGGUCCUUUUUGUUGACUAGGAGGAGGAUAACAGAGUGGAAGAGUGUACUGGAGAAACUCAAAAUGAUUCCCAAUAAUGAAGUGAUGGAGAAGCUUAGAAUAAGUUUUGAUGGUUUAAGUGAUGAUGAUAUUAAAGAAAUAUUCCUUGAUAUAGCUUUCUUCUUUAUUGGGAUGGACCAAAAUGAUGUGAUUGAGAUAUUAAAUGACUGUGGGAAUUUUACAGAAAUUGGAAUAAGUGUCCUCGUACAACAAUGCCUUGUAACUAUUGAUAGGAAGAACAGGAUCGGAAUGCAUGAUUUGCUACGAGACAUGGGAAAAGAAAUUGUCCGCAAGAGAUCAGCAGAAGGGGGCAAGGAGCCUAGUAGAUUAUGGCGUUAUGAGGAUGUGCACCGUGUAUUAUCAAAAUACACUAGAACAGUGGAUGUUCAGGGACUGACUUUGAAGUGUCCAGAAAUGGAUACAACUUAUAAUUUGGAUGCCCAAGAAUUUGAGAAGAUGGAUAAACUUAGAUUGCUUCAACUUGCUGGCGCACAACUUAAUGGAGAUUAUAAGUAUCUUUCAAGAGAUCUUAGAUGGCUUUGCUGGCAUAGAUUUCCUUUAAAAUAUACACCACCAGACUUUCAUCAACAAAGUUUAGUUGCCAUUGACUUCAAAUAUUCCAAUCUGGUACAAGUUUGGAAGAAGUCCCAGAUGCUGAUGAAGCUGAAAUUUCUCAAUCUUAGUCAUUCUCCAAACUUAAGACAAACUCCAGACUUUUCAAACUUACCAAAUCUUGAAAAGUUAGUACUGAAAGAUUGUACUAGUUUGUCUUCGAUUUCUCAUACAAUUGGAAAUCUCAAUGAACUGCUUCUUAUAAACUUGAAAAACUGUACAAGCCUUCGUCAACUUCCAAGAAGCAUCUAUAAGUUGAAGUCAUUAAAAACACUCAUUUUGUCUGGGUGUUCAAAAAUUGACAAGUUGGAAGAGGAUAUGGAACAAAUGGUAUCUUUAACCACCUUGGUUGCAGAUAACACUGGUAUAACAAGAGUUCCCUUUGCUGUAGUGAGAUCAAAAAGCAUUGGAUAUAUAUCUCUGUGCGGCUAUGAAGGAUUCUCACGAGAUGUAUUUCCUUCAAUUAUACAGUCUUGGCUGUCUCCAGCUAAUAAUGCUUUAUCCCAAGUUCAAACAUCUGUUGUGGGUAUGUCAUGUCUUGAUCUAUUGGAUGAACAGAACAGUAGUUUCUAUGGUCUAUUAUAUGCUCUAAAAGAUCUUCAGAAGCUUCAACGCCUAUGGGUGAAGUGUGACUCAGAUGUUCAGCUGAAUCAAAGUAUAGAGAGGAUUUUGGAUACCUUAAAUACCACAAUUUGUGGGGAAUUAGAAGCAACCCCAAGCACAUCUCAAGUCUCAGCCAAUAAGUCCACUUUAGUUGAUUGGCACAACCAAGUUCGCAUUUCAAGGUCAAAAAAAUCAUUGACAUCUCUUCUGAUACAAAUGGGAAUGAACUGCAGUGUUGCUGAUACUCUUAAAGAAAGCAUUUUACAGAAAAUGUCUCCCAUCGAGUUUGGUUUACUUCCGAAUAACAACUAUCCUGAUUGGCUAACAUUCAAUAGUGAAUGUUCUUCUGUGAUUUUCAAAGUCCCUCAAGUGGAUGGGCGCAACUUGAGGGCAAUAAUGUGCAUUGUUUAUUCUUCUUCCCCAGACAAAAUCACAUCAGAAGGCCUGAAAAAUGUGAUGUUGAUAAAUUACACAAAAAACACCAUUCAGCUCUAUAAGAAAGAUGCAUUUGACUCCUUCGAUGAAGAGGAGUGGCAGAAAGUAGUAUCAAAUAUAGAACCGGGUAACAAAGUGAAGGUGGUUUUUGUUUUUUAUAACGGUUUCGCUGUGAAGAAUACAACAGUUUAUCUCAUAUAUGAUGAACCAAUUGACAAAAAGGCAGAGCACUACCAUGAGCCAGAUAAGAAUGCUGUUGUUUCCAGCGGUGAUGAAAAUAUAUUUGGUAGACUCUUCUUCAUACUCCCUUCCCUAGUUAGAGCCGUUCUAACUUCACAGCCUUUCUGGUUCAGUCUGGCUGGUAUCUUGAUCGGGUCUCGCUGCUUUUCUGAUCGGCGAAGGAGUUAUAAACCCAUUUUAAGGGAAGUAUCAUCCGAGAGCGACCAAGGAUCCAAUAAUCAAGUAGUAAGAGAAGCAACUCUCUCAGGUGAUGUACAUGAUGAUAUGAAAAGGUGGGAUGGAAAAAAGGAAUAAACCAUUCCAAUAUCGAUGGGUUGGUGCAAAUCUUGAGGCUCAAGGAAUCAAUUCUGAGCAUUUCAAAUUUCUGGAAGUCUUUAGACGAAUUUCCAAAGCUAGAGGAGCAAAAAUUGAUUGAAGACAAGAGCCACAAGAAUGGAGGUAAAAGCUGAAAAAUAUGUAUUAUUCUUCAGAGCCAAACUAAUCCAAGGUGGAGCGCCUUUCUUCGUUCUUCAUGUCAAUUUAUGUGUUGAUUGGCAAUGGUUUUUAUGUUACUAGUUAUAGUUUGUGUUUUACAUUCCGCUGUGUUUCAAGUCCACAUAUGCUGUAAUUAUUUUAAAGGAAAACUCAAAAGUAUUGUUGGUAUGUUGAAUAUGUUAUUUUUAAGUGAUGCUUUAACAAUUUGACUAUUGUAGGAACUUUAUAUAUGUCCUAGUA